AUGCUCAAAGAAACAGAGCCCACAACCCCCGAGUCGCAUCAAGCCCUCACCGAAAAACCGCACACCGCCCUUCCCCAAAUCGCGCCCGUCUGCCGUGUGCCGCUUCUCGCCGUCGGAGGCGAUGGAAGGCGAUGCGAGCAAGCCGCUGCUCGCACCCUCGACCACCUCCGACGACAUCCCCGACGAACGGGCGCGCCGGGACUUGCCUCGUGGUGCUCCUCCGACGACCAAGGAGCAUCCGGCCUUCUCCUCCUCCCCUUCGCCGCCGCCUGCCGCGGCCGCGGGCACCCGGCCUUCUCCUCCUCGCCUUCGCCGCCGCCUCCCGCGGGCAUCCCCGACCCCGAGGCCGCCUUAUCCUCCUCCGAGCUUUCGGCGCCGACUGCCGACCCCGAGGACCCGAGCAGCGCCAAGAAUUCUCCGGCGGGGCCCACACCGACGCCCUCCUCCCUCCCGCCAGCAGAUCCCCAGGCUCGCGUGGCCGCGGGCGACGGGUCAUCGUCUUCCGCGAGACAUUGGUGGAACUUCUCUGGCAGGGUGCGACCAAGGGGGCCGUCGCAGUCGCACCUUCCCGUCUUGGUUCACGGCGCUCAACUUCCCGUCCCCGCCCCGCGUCGCAGCAUCCACGAGUCCAUUCAGGCGCUCCGUCGCCAGGGACCAAGGCUUGACUCAGUUGGCGUUGAGAAGGUGAUCGGCCUAUUUGGUUUCUCCCUAUUCGGAUCCCUUUCCCUCUUGCCCUCCACCGCAGAGCGCGCCGCGAGCAAAGAUAACUUGACAGGCACACAGAGGGUCAUCCUCGUGCUGAGCUUCGCUUUGAUCUGGGUGCUGGCUAGCGUGGGGCUCUUAUGUGGACUGCACGGCAAGUCCAACUUCGAGCAGGCGGUAUGCAGGCUCACUGCUCGCCUAGGGAUUCUUGGACUGACACUACUAGUGGUUCUCCACCUCACAUGGAUGCUCCCGACCGGCACCUUUGCCACUCUGCUUCUACGUCUUCAUGAUCGCCGCUGUCAUACUUCACUUAGUGUCAUGGGUAACGAGCUGCCUAGUUGGCGAGGACAAGAUCGAGGAGAUUGCAGCAACAGAGCAGCGGUAGGCGAGGUCAGUAAAAGCGCAUGUUAACCACCUCCCAUGUGCAAGCUAGAGUGCAAGCCCCCUGCCAGCAUAGUCGUCGACCAUGGCAAAAGCACCUUCUGCAUUCGCC